CAUGAGUCAGGAGUGUCACUGCGUGUUUGUUGAAGUGCCUUGUGAGCCAAAACUUGCUGCUGUUACAAAACCUACAGCAGGGCUAGUUCUGCCAAUGUCAGUGAUAUCAGUUGUUAGCAUCUGAAGAGAUGACGUGUAUUUUGUUUUCCCUACUCAAAUACCAGUAGCUGCCAGAAGCAGGAUGUGUGGGACACUGUGGUCCAGAAGGCUGUCCUGCAUUGCAAACUGCACAUCUGUGCCUGCCUUUUGUUCUUGAACUAUGUUAUUUCCAUUGUACUAAUGUCACCCAUUGGUUAGCAUGUCACAACCUAGUUGCUAUGAACCGGAGGGAAGAGCAAGAAAUAAUUGUAUGGAAAGGAAGAGAACCUCUGACAGCUGUGGUCCUCAGGUGUUAACUCUAUUUUGCAAAUAACACUGCAAUAAGAGAAGAUCAAAGUUCACUGUGCAAAUAUUUUGUGUUUUCUUUAUUGUAUUAUCUGGGUGCAAAUUCAGGCUGAUAUUUCUUCAAACACAGCAAGGCAGGCAAUGUAAAAAGUUGUAAAACUGUUACCCAUUCAUAUUUAUCACAUGUUGGAGUAACCAAAAUUAAACAAAGCUAAACAGCUCACUGUGAAAGUCAACACAGCUGCCAUUUUUUGCAUAGCUGUAAGUAUCAAGUGGGAAAUGCAAAGAAUUCCUAUAUAGUGAAUAGUUCAGAGCAAGGUUAGUAACAAUUUGCCUUUAAUUUAGUGCAUUAACAGAUUGUUGUCCAUGAUAUUUGAUGGUUCUGGGUCUAAACAGAGCCUUUUGUCUUGAGUGAAGCUUUCAUCAGUGAGAAGGGCCAUGUUGAACCAGCUGCUUGUGUAACCAGGCAAGAAAUUAAUUUGACUGAAAAUUAUGCCAUUCCUUUUCAUUGUGAGCAAAUGUGGGUGUUUCAGUGUAGUUACUUGGUUGCUUAUUCAUGCACAGGAGUAAGUUCAGGAGCCUGUGGAAAUGCAUCCAUUUCACAUAUUUUUAAUUUCCCAACCUUUCAUACAGACUUAGUGGUUGAGCCAAAUAGCUAAAAAUCCUCAGGGGUUUAAAGGAUUAGAUGAGAACAAUAGUUAAGGUGCAGGUCCUGCAAAAUAUGACAGGAGGCAGAUGCUGAAGGACCUGCUUAGUGAACUACAGCUUCCCCUGUUACGGGUAUAAAUAUGACGGUGACUGGUGGACUGGUAGAGAUUUUAUAGCUGUAAAUGGAGACCUAGUGGUGGCUGGCCUGAAGGUUUGCCACUGGGCAGUUUGGUGAAGCCAGUGGGAAGGUGUUUUCUUGCUAAGGGUGGCAAAUUUGUUUCCAGGUUACAAGGUCAGCACUAGUUUCCAUUCCCCCCUUAGCUGGACUCUUGUUCCUGCUGGUUCCUGUAAGUAACCUAUUCCUUCAUGUUUAUCUGUUUGUCUCAGGUACUGGGAAGGUUCAGGCCUGAGGUUUUCCUGCCCUCUCCAUAGCCACUGCCUGGUGCUGCCCUGAGAAGAAGCAGCAGCAGGAAGGCAGACACCACCCUGAGGAGAAGCAGGAGGAAGUCAGCAGCUGCUCCGUGGCUGUGAGACUUGUCUUGUGUGAGACUUGACCUGAGUCUUGUCACAGGGUGAGAGCUGCUGUGCUGCCCUGUGCCAGCCACCAUGGAGACCCUGUCCCAGGACUCUCUGCUGGAGUGCCAGAUUUGCUUCAACUACUACAGCCCGCGCCGGCGGCCCAAGCUGCUGGACUGCAAGCACACGUGCUGCUCGGUGUGCCUGCAGCAGAUGAGGACCAGCCAGAAGGACCUGCGUUGCCCCUGGUGCCGUGGGAUCACCAAGCUGCCACCGGGGUACUCUGUGUCGCAGCUGCCUGAUGACCCCGAGGUGAUCGCCGUCAUUGCAAUCCCCCACGCCUCCGAGCACACCCCCGUCUUCAUCAAACUCCCCAGCAAUGGGUGCUACAUGCUGCCCUUGCCUCUCUCCAAAGAGAGGGCGCUACUGCCUGGAGACAUCGGCUGCCGCCUCCUGCCUGGCAGCCAGCAGAAAUCUCUGGCGGUGGUGACAAUCCCACCGGAGCAGCAGCCACUACAGGGUGGCCUUCCCGCUGAGGCGGGAACAGAGGAGCCGGACCGGAGAGGCGUUGUGAAAAGCUCCACCUGGUCGGGGGUUUGCACUGUGAUCCUGGUGGCCUGCGUCCUAGUCUUUCUCCUGGGCAUCGUCCUCCACAACAUGUCGUGCAUUUCCAAGCGCUUCACAGUGAUCUCCUGCGGCUGAGGCGGGCAGGGGUGUGUGUUCCCUGGGGGUUGGGUCGGUGGUGGUGGUGGUGGUGGUGAUAUGGAGUGAGACAAUUCAGCGCAGCUUUGCCCAAUGACUGCAGAAUCGGGGCAGCAGUGUGCCAGCCCAGCCACAGCCCCUGUCAGUGUGGCAUCAGGCCUGUCGGCAGCGUGCGGAGAAAAUCACGUCUCGUGUCUGGCAGCAGCGGCACUGAGGAGGGCUGCAUGCAUCACCAUAAUCAUUUAUCAAAGGGACUGCAAAGUACAGUGAUUUUUUUUUUUUUUAAUUAUGUUACGAGAUUAAAGACAUCUAUGUAGCUGGUUAUACUGUAAAGUACAUGGAAUGAGCUCUACUCUAAACACAGUAGAUUAAAUCAAAACUGCUCCAUGUAGAAUUAAAAGAGAAUUGGUGCGUGACUCUGUACAAGGUGUUCAAUACCAGUCCACACAUGCAUUAUUUUUUAAUGGGGGGAGGGAAUGAGACUUGUAAAACCAAGAAGUCACUUAGCUGGUAAAGCAUUUUGUAUGUUUUAAACUGCACACUAAUUAAACCGAGUUAGGGAGUUGUACAAUAGUUUUUAAAUGGAAAUGUUUUGCAAGCAAUCAUUUUGUUCUGUGGUGUGUGUUUUUUGCCUCUUUUUUUUUUCGCCGAUUUUUUUCAGCUCCAGGGAAGUGGCACUUCAAGCAUCUUCUAUUUGAAGGAGCUAUUAGUGAAGAAAUGGGUCAUAAGAAGUCCUAGGACUUCUCCUGAAAAGUUGUGAUAGCAGAUUGUUCUGUUUCUCCUUCUAAAGCUUAGGUUUUCCUAAUUGUUUUUAAAGCAUUCGGAUCUAUUUUGCCUCCCUCUUUCCUAGGAGACGCAACUGUGUACCCAUGGAUAGUGUGACAGAGCAUUUCCCCUAAGGAAGCCUCACCAUCCCAACAAGCCAAGGACCUUUAUACGCAAUUAUGUAGUAAGAGGCUCUGACAAUAGCCAGGAGGAGUACCCAUGUCAACCUAACCCUCUACUGGGUGGGCUCCCCUCCUACAUCACUGUAGCUGUCCUGGUGUCAAAGUAUCUGGGUGAGCAUACUGGAGCCAUUUCCCACAUUUCAGUGUUAUAAAUGUUGGUGUUCAUAAAGACAGAUUUGAAAAAAAAACCCACAGCAAUUGUCUCCCUCCACCCAUGAGUGUCAUGAAACCCCAGUCAUUUGCAGUUCACGUCUGGAAAGAGCCAAAUUCCUGAACCUUUGCUGCAGUAGCGCCUUGCUCUAACCAGUCCCGAUAGUCUGUAAGUAAAAUAGAGCUCAGUGUGAAUUUUGGUAUUUGGCAAAGCUGAAAUUUGUGUGAGAUUUAGGGAUUGGAUCGAGGGGCAUAUGACAGACCUUUCAUAAGACAGAAAAAUUUAUGGAUUUGAACUGCUGCUUUUUGCAAGUACAAAGUGUAACCUCCCUGAAGCAUGACCUCUUGUCGUUUACCUACUGCUCUUUCUAGUAAUUAAUUAGAGAUUGCUCGGUGUCGUAUUACAACACUAGAGAAUGUAAUUUUGAGCAUGCGGUGCUCAAAUUGCCCCUGUAGACGUCGGUGGUUUCCUGCUUAUAUCACAAAAUCCAGUUGCUGGUUCACAAUAAACAUUCCUAGCUAGGACUUCUGUCAGGAACAUACCUCUAUCUUCAUGCUGGAUUCCUUCCCCUCCCCUCCCUGUUCCCAAACUACAAUUUUCUUCCUUGAUUCCUGUCAACUGAAGAACAGCCUAUUUGGUGCUUAACUGUUACGGUGUGUGUUGGUUCAUGUAUGGAGAGGAACCAUUGUGCUGAUUUUUUAUCUACUGUCAUAUGUAUGCAUAGCACAGCAAAAAAAGAAAAAAAAAGGAUCCUCAGAUAACACAUUCAAUGCCUUUUCUGUGCAAGGCCCAUGUGCAGUAUGCCUUGAACUUGGCUUACAAGUAUUGUAAUUACAUGGACACCUCUCCACAGCAUGUUUAAUUUGGUUGCAGUAGGGAACAACAGGUAUUGCAAAAUGUGUAUUGUGAAAGUGCUAGUCUCAUGUUGCUAGUAGGAAGCCAGAUUUCUAUGACAUCCACACUACGCUGUUUAUUGUGUAAAUGAAAGCCAGUUCACAAAAAAAUUCUUGCCUUUCUGAGACUUGAGGAAGUGACCAGAUAUGGGACUCAACCCUCUACUGCCUUAUCCCCUGUAGCAAUUGCUAGGAAUACCAGGGGGCGUAUGGCAUAGCUGGAAAAUGCUCUGAGAAAAGCACUGAUGCAUUUCUCAUCAGCUUAUCCAACUUGCAAUGACCAUGAGGCAGUCAAAGAGCAGGCCCUGGAGCUACAGUGCUGAUACUGUUAACCUCCUUCUGGCUGUACCUGCCUGCCUGAAGCUCUUGAAACCAAGGUUUCUCUUGUGUUGCAAAGAAUGGCUGUCUUGAAAAGCACCCCUUCUGUCCCUACAUGGGAGGGUGCAGUAUGAAAGAGGAAUCAGAAAUUAGGUUAAAAUACUACACUGCAUAACACAUUAUGCAACAGGCAGACCUGGAGUUUAUCCGGUAUUAAUGACAUAAGUAUUAUAUUAGGCAGAAUACCAUCCUGUAUUAUCACAGUACAUUGUUUCAUUAAUAUGAAUUUCCUGUACUUUUCUUGCCUGCUGAAAUGCAUGUUUGACCUAAUUUCUGAUCCAGACAUUUGCCUGCUCACAGCCUUCUGUAAGAGCAAUAAGUAAAACCUCAAGAUUUUUGCCUGCGUGUGCACGCAUGGUGUGUACCUUCAUCCCGUUUUAUAACUAGGGGUUCCAGAGAUGUUUUCGCUCUGGCUUUAGACUGUGACUAUCAUUUUAAAUUUGCAGCUGCCAUGUCAUGUUGGAUCACCUAGCUUUAUUGCUGACUUGUGUAGAAGUGAACUAAAUAGUUCGUUGUAAUGUACAGUGUUAAAAUGUUUCUUGAGUAUGUCGAUAGUCAUACUACUUUAAAAAUGCAGUGCAGUCUGUCCCAUUCCUUGGUCCAGUACCUGACAUUUAAAAAUGUGAUACUGCUACAUACACCUCUAACUUACUUUUUUUUUUUACAGCCUUAUCUUUGUAAUUUUUCUCUGUGGAAAAAUGCAUUUGGACUUGUAUCAAAAGCGUCAUGUUCUGGGCUAUGUUGUGUUCUCUGGUGUCCAGUAAGAAAUCACUGCCCAGUUCCACGAAAAAAGAAAGAAACUUACUAUGACACAGUGCUAUUCGAGCAAUCAAAAUUUAUGUUAAAACUUGUGGGUAACUACUCAAGCACCUGCAUUUUUAGAGCAAAUUAUUCUGUAUGAAUGUGUAUUUAUUUGCUCGUUUAAUGGGAAGGAUGCGUGUUGGGGUCUGGCUUAAUUUUCUUUUCUAGAGGGCCCCAACUUCCAUUUUUGGCUUGUGCUUUGCUGGCAAACAGACUUUAGGGUUCACUCUGUGAAAUUUUGUUUAGUGAAUUUUAAAAAUUCAAAAUAUGCAAUUUUGGUAUGUGGUAUUUUUUUAGGAAAUCUUGUGUUCAGUGAUUGUUCAUGCUUAACCAAGAUGUAAAGGAGACUGGAUGUUUUGUAAACAUGGAGCAAUCAUGAGUCCAGAGUUUCAUCUUUAUUUAAUGAAGCUCAGUCUGAAUAAAACAUUAGCGGGAAAAGAAUUAUAUCAAGUGAAUUAUGGUACCUCUUUUACUUUGCCAUUAACUAAAAAUGGCAGCAUCUUCAAAAGAACACUUGUAAGGCAAAGUGUCAAGUGUGGGUUGUGGUAAAUAGUAAAAGGUUGUUCAUGUUUUAAUCACUUUGGAAUACAGAACUGUAGCUGAUGACAAUUGAGCCACAAAACUUUUGUUCUCUUUUUUCCAGUUUUAAACAGGAGACUUACUUAGAAGUUUUAAGUGAACUUUUCACUCAUGGAGGUGAGGGAUGUAUGGAGGCCUUAAGUAUGUAUUGUACUCUAUGUUCCCUGAAUCUUUUCACAGCAAUGCCAUGUAGCAGAGGACCUUGCCUCUUCCCAGUCGUAGAGAGGGGCUGUACACAUCAUCCACAGCUAAACUGCCCCCAGGCAACAUGCCCUGCUGGCAUGAGUCACUUGCAUAAGUACUGCAGGAGACAUUCAUAUGUCAAGUGAACACAUCUGAAGUAAAUAUUAGAAUUGAAAUACUUCCUUAUUUGAGUUACACAGAAAGCUUGGCUUCAGAUUUGUUUUUUCCAGACAUUUUCUAUAGGUGCAGGGAGAGGGAGGGAAGAAGCUACAUGACAGCAAAUGAGUCCCAGCAUCAUCUGGGAGGCUGCUGAAGAAUCUGCCUGCCCUGAAGGUAAAGAUUUUAGUGCAAGAGUUUCAGUAGGACAACAUUGUCUGGAAAUGCUGCAAUGGAUUUACAGCAUGUUGGUGACCUUUCUGGUGCUGUACACUGUCCGUAGGCCUGACAGCUUGGGCUGUUGUGUUCUUUCUCUUUGUCACUUUACCUCAUGUAGGCUUGUGUCAACAAGCAAAGCUGCUUGCUUUAUCCUCAAGUUGAAUGAUUUCACAACCAUUUCUUAAGUUGCCCCAAGCAUCUCUAAUGAAAAAAUUACCUUUCAAGUUCAGUGAAAUUUAAUGCUUAAUAAAUGUUCAGAAAAU